CGGCAGCAGAGCGGAAAAGGCGGAAUUUGAGCCAAAAUGAGGGAAAACAAGAACAUGUCCGAGUCCCCCUCUCAAGCGGGAAAAGAGAUACCGGCGAAAAAACAAAAACUAAGCAGUGACGAGAACAGUAACCCAGAUUUAUCCGGAGACGAGAAUGAUGAUGCUGCCAGCGUUGAGAGUGGCACCAACACUGAGCGCCCAGACACACCCACAAACACCGCCAAUGCCCCAGGCAGAAAGAGCUGGGGCAAGGGCAAGUGGAAGUAUAAAAAGUGCAGAUACUCUUUUAAAUGUGUCAACAGCCUAAGGGAGGAUCAUGGUCAGCCGCUGUUUGGAGUCCAGUUUAACUGGCACAGUAAGGAGGGAGACCCUCUGGUAUUUGCCACAGUUGGGAGUAACAGGGUAACCUUGUAUGAAUGUCACUCACAAGGAGAAAUCAGACUCUUGCAGUCUUACGUUGAUGCUGAUGCAGAGGAGAACUUCUAUACGUGUGCCUGGACCUACGACACCAACACAAGUCACCCACUGCUGGCUGUAGCCGGAUCCCGCGGCAUCAUCCGGGUGAUCAACCACAUAACAAUGCAGUGUAUUAAGCAUUAUGUAGGACAUGGAAAUGCCAUCAAUGAGCUCAAGUUUCACCCACGGGAUCCAAAUCUCCUCCUGUCCGUCAGUAAAGACCACGCCCUCCGUCUAUGGAACAUACAGACAGACACGUUAGUGGCGAUAUUCGGUGGCGUCGAGGGUCAUCGAGACGAAGUCCUGAGCGCGGACUUUGAUUUGCUUGGUGAAAAGAUAAUGUCGUGUGGCAUGGAUCACUCCCUCAAACUUUGGCGUAUCAAUUCCGAGAGAAUGCUGAAAGCCAUCCGUGGGUCGUACGAGUACAACCCCUCGAAGACCAACAGGCCUUUUGUCUCAGAGAAAAUUCACUUUCCUGACUUCUCAACACGAGACAUCCAUAGAAACUAUGUGGACUGUGUGCGGUGGCUGGGAGACAUUAUUCUAUCCAAGUCUUGCGAAAAUGCCAUUGUGUGCUGGAAACCGGGAAAAAUGGAGGACGACAUCGAUCACAUUAAGCCAAAUGAGUCAAAUGUGACGAUUCUGGGUCGCUUUGAUUACAGCCAGUGUGACAUCUGGUACAUGCGCUUCUCCAUGGACUUCUGGCAGAAGAUGCUAGCUUUAGGAAACCAGGUGGGGAAGCUUUACGUGUGGGACCUCGAAGUGGAAGAUCCUCACAAAGCAAAGUGCAUCACGCUAACUCUCCCUAAAUGUGUGUCGGCCAUCCGUCAAACCAGCUUCAGCCGCGACAGCAGUAUUUUGAUCGCCGUGUGCGACGACGCCUCCAUCUGGCGCUGGGAUCGACAGCGUUAAGGACGCCUUUUUAGACUGAAAACAAACAAACACAAAAAAAUGCUGCUUCUCCCGUUUUUACUCCACCUGACGUGUUUCGUUGUUGUACAGAAUCUCAUGUUCUGUUUUUUUCCUACAAACAAAACACGACACAAUUCUAAAGAAGAUUUAAAGGAAAAGUUUGACGAAACAGCAGCCACCACCCGACAUUUUUUUCCCCCUUCAUAUGAACAUUAUCGAGCCACAAAAAUAAAGAAAAAAGAAGUGAGUUUUUUUAUCAAACUUUUUGUUUAAUUUCUGUAUUUUUCACAAACAGGAAUUAUAACAGCAUGUUGGUGAAAUAAUCAGCAUCAGCAGAGCUUCAUCUCCUCUGUGUGCCUUCUAGUUUCUUGUCUCAUUUGUAAAUUAAUCAAUAAAGCCAGAUUAUUGUCA